AUUGUGUACUUCACGGCGACCUUCCCCUACGUGGUGCUCAUCAUCCUGCUGGUCAGAGGUGUGACGCUCCCCGGGGCGUACGACGGCAUCAUGUUCUACAUCAAACCUGAUUGGUCCAAACUGCAGGAGGCGCAGGUGUGGAUCGACGCCGGCACGCAGAUCUUCUUCUCCUACGCCAUCGGGCUCGGAGCGCUCACCGCUCUGGGCAGCUACAACCGCUUCAACAACGACUGCUACAAGUAGGACACACACACACACAC